ACCCUAGAGGGACCAAAACACAGACUGUGUUUAUCUUUUGUGUGACCCAUUGAUUCUAUGCUUUUCUUACCUUCAUUGUUGUCUUGUGUUUUUCUUUCUCUUUUUUAUUUUGUAGUCUCCUGUCUUAGUUCCACAACUAAACUCAUUUAAUUCUCUUCAUUCAAUGCUUGAAUUAAAGACCCUCUUUCCUUCCCUGCAAAAUUAGGUGGAGAUCGUAGAUGAAAGAGAAGAGAGAAGAGAGAUGAAAAGGGGAGAGUUAAUUUUUGAGGUUUUGCUACUGUAAGUAUCUUACAAAAAACAAGGGUUAUUGCUUUUUUAACUUAUUUUUUCACCUUUAAAAUGAUUCAACGACCUCUCAGUGCAUUUAUGGUGGUGCAUCUGAUGGUUAGACAGUAAAGAGAGCAAAAAAAAAGGGAGAAAAAAUGGUGCAAUUCAAGGGAACAGACUGUCCUUAAUAAUUGCCUCUCAUUAUAAUUUCACCUAUAAAUCCACUUUCUCUACUCCAUUUUGUACUAUCACUCUCCUCUUUUUCUUCAUCUUCUUUCUUUUCUGCUUCAUUUCCUUCUCUCUUUCAGAUCUUCCUUCACCCUCCAUUUUUCUUUCCUCAUGAAGCAGCUUUCACGUACGUAAAAGAAAAACAAACCAAAACCCUCAUUCUGUUUGCAUGUCAAAGUUAUUCAUUCAGGGGUUCAAGAUUUCACGUUUCUCUCUCUUUGGAAUACUACCCAUUUUUGAGUUACACCAUGGAUGUAUCUACCGCUUUGCUUCUUUUGGCUGCUAUCACUGCUUACCUACUGUGGUUCACGUUCAUCUCACGGUCGCUACGUGGUCCACGUGUAUGGCCUCUUUUGGGCAGUCUACCAGGCUUAAUCGAGAACUGUGAUCGCAUGCAUGACUGGAUCUCCGACAACCUCCGCGCGUGCGGCGGCACCUACCAGACCUGCAUUUGUGCCAUCCCCUUCUUGGCCCGGAAGCAAGGUCUCGUGACGGUCACGUGCGAUCCCAGGAAUUUGGAGCACAUCCUCAAGACCCGUUUCGACAAUUACCCGAAAGGUCCCACGUGGCAAGCCGUGUUCCAUGAUCUGCUUGGUCAAGGCAUCUUCAACUCCGAUGGUGACACGUGGCGGUUCCAAAGGAAGACUGCCGCUCUGGAAUUCACCACCAGGACUCUUCGCCAAGCCAUGGCUCGAUGGGUCACUAGAGCCAUCAAGCUCCGAUUCUGCCCCAUUCUUGAGAAAGCUCAAAAUAAAGCCGAGCCGGUUGAUCUACAAGAUGUAUUGCUUCGGCUCACCUUUGAUAACAUUUGCGGGUUAGCUUUUGGGAAGGACCCACAGACAUGCGCCCAAGGGUUACCCGAAAACGGCUUCGCUUCAGCUUUUGAUCGAGCCACGGAAGCCUCUCUUCAAAGGUUUAUUUUGCCGGAGGUUUUAUGGAAGCUAAAGAAAUGGCUUCGGCUUGGGAUGGAAGUGAGCUUGAGCCGAAGCCUUGUCCACAUCGACGAGUAUUUAUCCGAUGUCAUCAACGCACGUAAGCAAGAGUUGCUGAAUCAGCAAAAGGACGGGAACCCACACGAUGAUUUGCUCUCAAGAUUCAUGAAGAAAAAAGAGUCCUACUCAGACGAGUUUCUCCAACACGUGGCACUUAAUUUCAUCCUAGCUGGACGUGACACGUCAUCAGUUGCCCUCAGCUGGUUCUUCUGGCUCGUCACUCAACACCCAACAGUUGAAGAUAAAAUCCUACGUGAAAUCUGCAUUGUCCUAAUUGAGACACGUGGCGUUGACACGUCAGCGUGGCUCAAUGAGCCCUUGGGGUUCGAAGAAGUUGACCGAUUGAUAUAUUUGAAGGCAGCUUUAUCAGAAACCUUAAGGCUAUACCCUUCAGUGCCGGAGGAUUCAAAGCACGUGGUGGCUGAUGACGUGUUGCCUGACGGGACAUUUGUUCCAGCAGGGUCGUCGGUGACGUAUUCAAUAUAUUCAGUGGGGAGAAUGAGGUCAACUUGGGGCGACGAUUGCCUCGAGUUUCGUCCAGAGAGGUGGUUAUCAGCUGACGGAAAAUUUAUCAUGCAUGACUCUUAUAAGUUCGUCUCAUUCAAUGCUGGACCAAGGAUAUGUUUAGGGAAGGAUUUGGCUUAUCUUCAAAUGAAGUCGGUGGCGGCAGCGGCGUUGCUGAGACAUAAGCUGACCUUGGUGCCCGGGCAUACGGUGGAGCAGAAGAUGUCGCUGACUUUGUUUAUGAAAUAUGGGCUUAAAGUAAACGUGGCAAGGAGAGAUUUGGGAGCGACUGUUGAGAAGAUAAUUAGUGAAGAGAGGGAAGGAGAGGUGAUUGGUAAAUGCAAUGGUAAUUGUGAUCGUUUAGUGUGAGAGAGAUCAGAGGUGGAUGGGGAGGGGGCAGGUGUUGGUGAAUUGGGUGAGGUUAUUUAAGGCGUGGUGGUGAAAAUUAAACUCACAUGGAA